GCCCGUUCGUACUAUAAACCCGACGAGCGGAAUCGCUACGCGCUUUAUUUGUGUUGCGAUCGGCGUCGCGAGCGGUUUGGUCGGUUCCUCUUCAACUGAUCUGCAGUGAUCUUCGCUUUCUCGGUAUCAUCUCUUCAAAAAAAAAAAAGAGUAAACACAACAGUGCUACUGUACUGGAUAUUGCUAAGGUUGAAGCUCCCCAGUGAUACGUUAAGGCCUGAGUCACACAAUCACAUUCCACAUUAAUUACCGCGACUUGGACGUGACCUUUGCCGUCAUUAAUUAUCACAAAGUGAAGAAGUGAAGGUUGGAAGAUCGUUUGUUCAUCUCGUGAAAGAAUCUCAGAACCGGUUUCGAAAGAAUUUAUAAUCGCGCGCGCUCCUCCUUGAGGUGAUGUAAUUCAAAAACCUGUGUUCAGUGAAAAGCGACCAGAAAAAAACCCCACAAAAUGUCCACCGAAAAGCCCACAAAUGACGUCGAAAUCAACAUCGAAGCCGCUGAGGAGGACGGGGACGAAACCAACAGUAACGGAACGGUCGAGGCCGGGUCGGAGGUGAAACCGGUAGCGCCAAUUGUGCCGUUCGUGGCGAAUGCGUCCGAGGAGGUGUCCAACCGACCCAGAGCCAACUCUCGAGGGCGUCAGCUGAAACCUGGAGCUGGAACCGGUGGUGGCGCCAAUUCCAGUGGUGGACGCAGCAGAUCAGGCAGCCGAUCACGGAACCGUCGUGACACCAGCAGCGCCCAAAACGAUGCCAUUCCACUGUUGCCGUCGGAGACGGGCGAGGGUCGACUCCCUCGGCAGCGACCACCGCUGGCCGGCCCCGAAAUGGACAUUGACGGCCCGGACGAUUACGAUCGCAGCAACCGACGGGGCAUCGACGACGGCUUCCUGCCGGAGAAACCCGGAUUUGAGGACGAUAGGGAUCGGGAUUUGGGCCGGAGGACACCCGGCCGGCGGAACAGUGUGACGAGAGAUUUCCCGUUUGCACCCGAGUACGGACCGGGAGGACCAACGAUCGUAACCCACAUUGACGGGACAACUCGAAUCAUUCCGGACGUGAACGUGUACCAGCAAAAGAAGAACCUGGCCCAGGGCAUGAUGGAUCUGGCCCUGCUAUCGGCCAACGCGAACCAGCUGCGGUACGUGCUGGAGUCGUACUCGCGGCAUCCGUACUUUUACUUCAGCUUGGUGUUCAUUUCGACCAGCAUAAUCGCCCAGGUGGCCGUUGGGAUCGGGUUGAUCUGGAAGAGCCGGUACAACAUCAAGAACGAGGACGACUUUUGCAAGGCGGAUCGCAUCAACAACAUGGUCACGAUUGGGAUCUUCAUUAUCACGCUGGUGAACGUGCUCAUUUCGGCGUUUGGAGUGGCCGAUCCACCGAGGACCAAUUGAUGUAAAGGGCUUUUAAUCUUGGUAAAGAUUUCUACAAACGGAAAAUUUAUUUUAUUGAAACACGUGAAAUGACAGUUUUAUACCCACAGUACUCAGAAGAAUCUCGCCUUAUGGAAAAUAAAAUACUAAACUUUCGAAAACAAUA